GCGGUGCAAGAGUCCGCGGCUCAGCUCUCCAUGACCCUGAAGGUGCAGGAGUAUCCGACCCUCAAGGAAGUACUGAGUCCAGAGGAUGCGGCCAGUGUGGGGGGUGGACCACAGAGCCCAGUCCGGUGGCCCAUGCAGGGGGACCCACGCCGCCCACCAGCAGCAGGUGGCCCUGAACGUCCGUGUGAGGCCGUGUCCCGUGUCCUGCUGGGCUUGGCCUCUCAGCUCGGUUGUGCUUUGAUAGCCACGCCACAGCAGUCAUCAGCGAGCCCGAGUCCCAGCGGGGUGGCCACCCGGUGCCGAGCCCACCCCGUCACACGUGGCAGAUGUGGCUCAGCUCGUGGCAUUCUGCCCCGCAGACUACUGGCGAAACCCAAGGUGCCCUACGAAACACUGAACAAGCGCUUCCGUGCCGCACAGAAGAACAUUGACCGGGAGACAAGCCACGUCACCAUGGUAGUGGCUGAGCUAGAGAAGACCCUGAGCAGCUGUCCAGCCGUGGACUCUGUGGUCAGCCUCCUGGAUGGUGUGGUGGAGAAGCUCAGUGUGCUCAAGAGGAAGGCGGUGGAGUCCAUCCAGGCGGAGGGUGAGAGCGCCAAGCUAUGCAAGCGCAGGAUCGAGCACCUCAAGGAGCACAGCAGCGACCAGCCGGCAGCGGCCAGCGUGUGGAAGAGGAAGCGCAUGGACCGCAUGAUGGUGGAGCACCUGCUGCGCUGUGGCUACUACAACACGGCCGUGAAGCUGGCGCGCCAGAGUGGCAUCGAGGACUUAGUGAACAUCGAGAUGUUCCUGACAGCCAAAGAGGUGGAGGAGUCCCUGGAGAGGCGAGAAACAGCCACCUGCCUGGCCUGGUGCCACGACAACAAGUCCCGGCUGCGCAAGAUGAAGGGCCGCCAAAGCGAGCACGACGCGAAGACGGGACGGAAAAGUAGAGUGGCCAGUGGCUCCCCUAAAGAGAGUGAGGAUCUUGGUAUGGAAACCAUAAAAGGAAAGCCAGAAUUGAGCUGCCUGGAGUUCAGCCUCAGGAUCCAGGAGUUCAUUGAGCUCAUCCGGCAGAACAAGAGGCUGGAUGCUGUGAGACAUGCGAGAAAGCACUUCAGUCAGGCCGAAGGGAGCCAGCUGGACGAGGUCCGCCAGGUCAUGGGCAUGCUGGCAUUCCCGCCGGACACGCACAUCUCCCCCUACAAGGACCUGCUGGACCCGGCCCGGUGGCGGAUGCUGAUCCAGCAGUUCCGGUACGACAACUACCGGCUGCACCAGCUGGGGAACAACUCCGUGUUCACCCUCACCCUGCAGGCCGGCCUCUCGGCCAUAAAGACACCGCAGUGCUACAAGGAGGACGGCAGCUCGCGGAGCCCCGACUGCCCAGUGUGCAGCCGCUCCCUGAACAAGCUGGCGCAGCCCCUGCCCAUGGCGCACUGCGCCAACUCGCGUCUGGUCUGCAAGAUCUCCGGGGACGUCAUGAACGAGAACAACCCGCCCAUGAUGCUGCCCAACGGCUACGUCUACGGCUACAACUCCCUGCUGUCUAUCCGGCAGGAUGAUAAAGUCGUCUGCCCGAGAACCAAAGAGGUCUUCCACUUCUCCCAGGCCGAGAAGGUGUACAUCAUGUAGGCGGGUCGCCUCACCCGGGCGGCUGCGGGCCCCUGCCUGCCUGCCUUUCUGUUUCUUGCGACCAAAGAUCAGUGAGCAACGACAAACACUCUUGGGAAGAGAAGAAGUAAGAUUUAACAAGCUCGUACUUGAUUUUGUAACAAGUCAGCUCUUCGACGCUUCUGAAGCGCUUUCCCCUUUCAGAGAAACUUCUUUAAAGACUGACCACGCGGAGGGAGGCUAGAACCUUUCACCAUAGGAACUGAUCCCUUCCCGUGUUCUCACAGUUCCCUCCCUUUUGCUAACGAGGAACCCCGGGGGACAGGCUAGUCCUCGGCCGUGGCCCGGGAGCGUUGGUGGCCAUGCCAGACUGCCCUGCGGCCACUCGGUGCCACGAGGGACCCUGUCACUUCUCUGUAGAGCUGCUGCCAAAACGCCAGCACCGCGGGAGGGGCCGGCCUCCAGGACCGCCGCCUGCCUGCAGCCGCGCCCACGGGGCUGUGUUAGGAUGUGUGUAGGCUCGGUGUCAUGUCACUCGUGCCGCCUUAUCUCCCGCCUGAGAAUGUAUCUGUGGAAAUCCACUGGACCGGGGUCUGCAGAGGCCUUGCCGACGGCUCCGUAACUUUAGCUCUAAACACUAUUCAUUGCAGAAGCCAAUAAUAGUUCAGUUGAAGUAAGCACCGAUGACUUUCCAAAUCAGAUGAACCAUCGUAGUUUACACGAAACCAUAUCGUAGAGGUUUGUAUUCAGCGCUUAUUUUUGCAUGUUGAUGUUGAUUAGCUAAUAAAAUGUAAAUGUAAGACA